AUGCAUGUAAGCGUUGGGCUCCAAGUGUGUCCUGGUCCCGCUUUGUGCCUCCCUGGAUCAGAAGCCGUGGCAUCCGGAGCUCAUGCAUCCGAGUGUGAGACGGAUGAGAGACUGCUGAGGGCCGAGGGUAAAAAGCAAGAAGAGCGGACAAUUCCCACCGAAGACAUGGCUGCCGAGGUAGUCAAUGGCGCGACACACCUAAUCAGCGAUGCCGGCCUCAUUCCGGCCAAUGUGCGCGGCGUUUCUGCGGCGUUGUCCAAGUCAAGAAAGACGAAGCCGUUCCUUCAGACGCGCGCCGUUUCCAGUAAGUUUUCGACCAAGUCACGAAAGAUGAAGUCGGCCACAAUCAAACUGCUUAACAAGUUCAAGAAGGACACUCGCAAACUUCGAGAGCUCUUGAAUGGCGGACGAGACGUCCCACGCAAGCUCCUCGGCAACAUACACACAACUGCUGUCGGGUACAUCUCACGUCUCCGUUUUCGCUCAACGCCAUAUCAUUUGUCCACGGCGGCGCAGCUUGAACUGGAUGUUGCGAAGGUUCGCAAUGCGAUUGAUAUCGUGGGCGAGACCGAUUUUGCGCUUAUGCUUUGGACGGCUAAGUAUUCGUCCAGAGUAAAGAAAUUGGCUUUGCGGAUCGAGCGGGCGCAGCACAUCAAGUGGCUCAGAGAUUACGGAACUCCUGAGGCCGUCAAAGCGAAGCUCCAAAAGGGUUUCAACGAUGACAAACUCGCCAAAAUCUUAGUCGAAACCUAUGAAUCUUUUUAUAGGGAGUUAGGUUUGUAG